AUGGUGAGAGAGCUUAAAGGAACCGAUUCAAUGAUACUCUCUGUACAAUCUGGUCCGAGCUCUCUAAAACCCAUAAACACCCUAAUUCUUAAACCCACCAUGCUAAUACCCUUUCAAAUUUUCCCAAACCCACAUUCACAGCGACCCAGAUUUCUCUGAAAACGUCUUAUGGUUUCGACAAUUCAACUAAAUCCCUUGCAUAAAUUCGUUUUAUGAUUCCCAUUCUAGGUUUGGUUGGAAUAACUUGAAGAUGACCCAACCCUCGGUCAUACUUGCUACUGCCAGCUAUGAUCAUACUAUUCGGUUCUGGGAGGCCAAAAGUGGCCGCUGCUAUCGAACCAUACAGUACCCUGAUUCGCAAGUUAAUAGGCUUGAGAUAAGCCCAGAUAAAAGACACCUGGCUGCAGCGGGUAAUUCUCACAUUCGAUUAUUCGAUGUUAAUUCGAACAGCCCUCAACCGGAGAUGAGCUAUGACUUACAUACUGGUAAUGUGAUGGCAGUGGGGUUCCAGUGUGAUGGUAAAUGGAUGUAUUCAGGUUCUGAGGAUGGCACAGUAAAGAUUUGGGAUAUAAGAGCUCCAGGUUGUCAAAGGGAAUAUGAAAGUCGUGCUGCUGUUAACACUGUUGUUCUGCACCCUAAUCAGACAGAGCUGAUUUCUGGGGAUCAAAAUGGAAACAUUCGUGUCUGGGAUUUGACAGCGAAUUCAUGCAGCUGUGAAUUGGUGCCAGAGGUGGAUACGGCAGUGAGGUCCCUAACUGUCAUGUGGGAUGGGAGCUUGGUAGUUGCAGCAAAUAAUCACGGGACUUGCUAUGUUUGGCGCUUGUUGCGAGGGACUCAGACAAUGACAAAUUUUGAGCCACUUCAUAAGCUACAAGCACACAAGGGUUACAUUCUUAAGUGUCUUCUUUCCCCUGAAUUCUGUGAGCCGCACAGAUAUCUAGCCACUGCAUCUUCUGAUCACACUGUCAAGAUUUGGAAUGUUGAUGGUUUUACACUGGAGAAGACUUUAGUUGGACAUCAACGGUGGGUGUGGGAUUGUGUCUUCUCAGUCGACGGUGCCUAUCUUAUAACAGCUUCCUCUGAUACAACAGCAAGGCUUUGGUCCAUGUCAACUGGUGAAUAUAUAAGAGUGUAUCAAGGGCACCACAAAGCCACUGUUUGCUGUGCUCUACAUGAUGGAGCUGAACCUUCCCCUUCGUGAACCUUUGAAAUAAUAACAAUUACAGCUCAUGCACAUGUUCAUAGCCAUUGCUUUGUACCAAAAGAUUUACAUGGUUCAGAAUAAGUACCUUUCAAAUUUCACUAAUAAAUUACCCUUCAUUCUCUUA